CGGGCUUAGCCCCUGUGCGCAAACCUAAAGUCCCCUCGACUUCGUCGGUAGGGGACUAAUAAAUAAAAAAAAUCAACGUAUAACGAUUAAUCGGCGAAUAUCAAUAUCGGACAUUGCGGGACAUAUGUCCUGGGACUACAUUUACACUCACCCAUAAAGAUGGCGGCCCUCAUAGAAAUCACGCGAAACUCGGUCUGUUGUCAUAAUCAAUGUUGAGUUAAAAAGAAAAAAACGCUGGUGCCGUUCUAUGAAUUUAAUAAGAACUGUACACAUGUCUGUAAUUUGUAUUAGAUCUAUAAUGUAGUCACGGACAUGAUAAUCUCUCAACUUAAUCUUAAACAAUGUCUUACUCCAAAUUGAUGAAUCCAAAAAAGAAGAGGCGGGUGUUUGCCACUAAAGAAUCGCCAUUCCCUGUGCCUAUAGCAAGUAUUACGGGGGAACAAUCUUCAAGGAAACAAUGGAUGUACUUCACAGGGAAUCUGUUCGGCAACCAGGUUAUCAUCCAUCACUCUGGAGAUAUGAACUUCAUGUACAAAAUGGGAUUCUUUGGGAAGGGAUCUCUAUCAAGAAGUAAGCCAGAGUUUAACCAAAGAUGCAAAGUGGUGGCACUUCCGGUGUCUCGAGCAGAAACCAACCAAUGUAGAAUAAUCACCAGGAGAAGCUACAUAAGGAGGUUGAAUUGGCAGAAUUCUGAGUCAGGUGAUGUUGAGUGUGAUGAAUAUGAUAGUUCACAGGAAAUGGAGUUCUUGGAUAAUGAGACAAAUCAUGUGGAGGAAAAACCAGACAAUGUUGUCCAAUCAGAAUUACCUUCAAAUAUUGAGGGAAAAGAUGAAGGUGAAACUGACACAAAAGAGACCAACCGGUCGGCUGCAGGGGAUGAUUGGUCAGCAGUUAUAGAGUCAUGGGAUAAUGCUGAGGCAGAUGAAGAUUUCUGGGGGAUGGGUCCAUCUGAAAAAACAGACAAAGGCCCUUCUUCAACAACUAUAGGAACAAUGUUAGUUAAAAGACAAAAGAUAAAUGAAUGGGAAUGCUCUGGGGCUGAUGUCAACUUCAUUUGUAAUGAAACUUCAUUUACAGACUCUAGCCCAAGUAAAAAUUUAGAUUCAUUUUCAGAUUUACAAAGUAAAAAUAUCUCAUCAAAGGAACUAAAUCAGAAUUCUGAUAAUGUAGAACAAAUCAUGGGAGAAUAUUCCAAAUCUGUGCCAAAUGUUGAAAACCAUAAAGAUGAAAUUGAUAAUGAAAAGAGCAAACAAACUAAUUUCCUUAAUGAGACUAAAUCUGAAACAACAGAAACACAACAGAACGAUAUAAUGCGUACUCGUACUGAUGUAGUGAGCACAACUCCACAUGAAAAGGAAAAAAUGCAGCUGCAUGUAACAGAUCCAUUGUGCAUAUCUGAGGAGGAGCAUGGAAACUUGUUUGUGAUGGAGGAUUCUGAUCAUCAAAGUGAAAAUAGAAAGAGGAAGUGGGAAGAACCAACAUGGAGGCCAGUAGUAAAAGAAGAUCCUUACUUUGUCAAAGAAUUUCUAUAUCUUACCCUUGAAGAGAGUUUCUUUCUGGCUUAUGGUCUUGGGUGCCUACGAGUGUAUGAAAAAGGACAGCUUUUAAAUCUAACAGAAAUGUGGAGAACAUUUUGUCAACGACAAGACAGAUUUAUCUCUCUUUAUGCAGUGUACCAUUACUUCAGAAGUAAAGGAUGGGUACCUAAAUCUGGACUCAAAUUUGGAACAGACUUCAUUAUCUACAAGGAAGGGCCACCUUUUUAUCAUGGAAGUUACUCAGUUUUGGUGAAAAUGGUGAAAGAAGACUGUUUAACAGAAGAGGAAAGUUCGCGAUCUUUAACCUGGACUCAGUUGGCUGGACUGAAUCGCUUAACUGAACAUGUAGCCAAGGAACUGAUGAUCUGCUAUGUAGUUAAACCUAAAAGCAUUAGUCAAUCUGAUAUGAUGGCAUCUCCAAGGAUCAUCAACCAAUUCAAGAUCAGGGAGAUGGUUGUUACACGCUGGAUUUCAUCACAAGAAAGAGAAUCCAAAUCUUCUGAAGAAAUACCAUGACUCUCAGAUACCCUGCAGUGGUUCAAAGGUUUCAAGUGUUUGGAAAGUGUGAUAGGAACUCAUGUACAUUUCCAAUGUGUUUGCCUUUGAUUGGUUGUAAUGAUUCAUAUAGUACAUGUACAUCUAUUUUAAAGGCUAGGAAUAUUUGACAGAAAUGAAUGUAAAUAUAGAAUGAGUGUAAAUAUAAAAAAGAAAUUUCACCUAUGAAAAUACAUGCAUUAUGUAUUUCCUGAAUAACAACCUAUAGGUAAAUAAUUAGCUCUUCUGAGCCGAAGGCUCAAAGAGCUAAUCAUAUGGCCUAUGUCUGGUGUGCGGUGUGUGUCAACUUUUUGGAAAAAGGGCUAUAUCUCAAGAACCCCUUGGCCAAUUUUUGUCAAAUUUGUUACAGGGUAUCCUUGGCCUAAGGGCUUUCUUUGCACUAAAACUAGGGUUGUGACCCUUUAACAAGGGGAGAUAAUUAGGAAAAUGUAAACAAAAGUAGUGGUUGCUAAAAAAUCUUCUUCUCAAGAGCCACUGGGCAAAUUAUCACCAAACUUAUGCAUAAGGAUGAGGAUAGGUUGUAGAUAAAAAAGUGUUCAAGGCAUCAUACUGGGGCAAAGGGUGUGGUCUCAAGGUCACUUCAAAGUUGACCUUAAAUUUUGUUUUGUUAAAACUUUGAUAUUUUGCUUAGUAUAAGGACUAGGAUCAUCAAAUUUUGUCAGUUGAUGCAUCUUAGGACCUAAUAUCAUGUUGUCUCAAAAGUAGGUCAUGGUGACCUACUUCUUGAAUUUCUCAGGUAAUUACCGUAUAUACUCGCCUAUAAGUCGGUCCGCCUAUAAGUCGGUUGUAUUUUUUAAGGUUAUUUUGUAGGAAUUUGUCAUUGACCCACUUAUAAGUCGGUACAAAUUUUUGUCAGAAUAGGUUGACAAUUUCAAGUCAAUGCUGUAGUGUUUUUACCUAUGUUUCAAAAAAUAUUUUGAGAAAUUAAUAAUUACGAGGUGCUAAAUAUCCAAGCCAUAUCCGUUUGGGGUUUAAAUGCAUCCCUUGAUCUAUUAUGGACCAUGAUCCCUUGAUUACCUAAGCAAUUAUGGUCUCCUAAUGACCAGUACCUGACACCGUGUUUACUUAGUGGCACGCGCCUCGCGAAAACUGUUUUUGUGGGAUUCCGGUAUAAUUCAUUGUAUCAACAAUAGAGUUUUUAAGAGUCAAGAAUGAUGAUCUAAAUUAUCUGUUAACAAUAUUCAAUCUUUUAAGAAAUAUAUUUCAGCCAGUAUACAUAUGAAUAUUUCAAUAUUAAAUCGGGUUCGUAAUUCAAUUUUAUCGAUAAACGAAUUGAAAUUGAAUUGAAAGUUUUAGUUACGGGUAUGUAAAUAAUUUUAAACUAGAUAAAAAUAUGUAAAUACUUGUACUUUAUACAUGAUUUUAAAAUGCAUAAACAAUACGUCUAGAUAUUUAAAAAACACUACAUUACGCCGUCCUGAAAAAUACCAAUCUUCUUAGGACGCGCCUAUAAGUCGGACAUAGAGUUUUGGACCAAAAAUUGACUCCCAAAAAACCGACUUAUAGGCGAGUAUAUACGGUAUUAUUAAAUGGAUUUUGAUGCAUAUAUCUUGGACACUUUUGAGCCUAUGAUCAUCAAAAGUUGUCAGUUGAUGGAUCAUGGGACCUUGAAGUGCGUCAUGUGAAAAGUAUGUCACCAUGACCUACUUUCUGAAUUUUAUGGCUAAUCAUUUAUGAAUACAUUUUAGGUUGUUAUUUCAGAUACUGAAAGGUUUAGAAUCAUCAAACCUUGUAAGUUGAUGCGUCUAGAGGCCUCAAAACAUAUUUAUAAAAAAGUAGGUCACAAUGACCAACUUUUUGAAUUUUGCAGACAUUCAAAUUUCACAUUUUCAAUUUUAGAUGCAUAUUUUGGACACUAUGAAAGCUAGGAUCAUCAAACUUUGUCAGUUGAUGCAUCUUGAGUCUUCAUAGUUUGUUGACCAAAAAGUAGGUCACCAUGACCUACUUUUGAAUUUGACAGCUAUAUUUUAAUAUUUCAGAUACAAUUUGACUUACAAUCAUCAAACUUUGUCAGUUGAUUGGUCUUGAGUCUUCAGAGUGUGUCGACCAAAAAGUAGGUCACCGUGACUUACUUUUGGAAUUUGACGUUUAUAUCUGAAUAUUUCAGAUACUAUUUGACUUCAAUUAUCAAACUUUGUCAGUUGAUGCAUCUUGAGUCUUUGGAGUGUGUCGACCAAAAUGUAGGUCACUGUGGCCUUCUUUUGGAAUUUGAUGGCUAUAUUUGAAUACUAUUUGACUUGUCAGUUGAUGCAUCUUGAGUCUUCAGUGUGUCGACCAAAAGUAGGUCACCAUGACCUACUUUUGGACAGUUACAUUUAAAUUUUCAGGUACUAUUUGACUUAACAUCAUCAAACUUUGUUAAAUGAUGAAUCUUGAUUAGUGAGAAUUUUUGCCUGUUCUACAAUGUAUCAGAAGAGCGAUUCUAGGCCCAUGGGCCUCUUGUUAUAUGUGGCACCAGCUUAGGAUCAGGUGAUCGUACAUGUACUUUCUGCAAUUAAAUCAAAGAUUUAUAUUUUGUUUAUUCUUGAUUUUUCUUUUAAUAAAUCCACAAAAAAAUUGA